AUGAGAGUCACCUAUCUGCUGCCGUUCCUGGCCGCUGGUCGGGUGCUCUCGCAGGACGACAGCGAUACCAGCACCGCUACCAACACCCGCGAACAAGACAUCUCCCAGUCGCUCGCUGACAUCGCGAGUGCCAUUUCCACCACAAUCGACGAUGCCACCGUCCCGACCGGCGACUACAUCACCUAUUCAUCCACAGUAUACCUUACAGACGAUGGCACUGUCGCCGGCUCAACGGCCGUCCAGGUGACGGGCACCCCCGGCAGCAACGAGACAACCGCCGCGAACGCCACUGUCACGAGCACAUCCGACUCCGUGACUGUGCUGAUGGGUGGGCAGCAAACAACCCUCACCGGCAAUUCCACGGCCAACUCCUCCACGUCCGCUACUCCAAGCCCGUCCUCGACGCCGGUCGUCAACACCCAGCCCUGCAAUGGCUACCCCGAGUUUUGUGAGCGGAAAUACUCCAAUAUCACAAUGGUCGCUGCGCACAACAGCCCGUUCGCCAUCCAGGGCAAUGUGGCUGCAAACCAAGAGUUGGGGGUGGAAUACCAGCUGGAUGACGGAGUUCGAAUGCUGCAAUUCCAAACCCACUAUAUGAACGACACGUUGUACCUCUGCCACACAAGCUGCGAUAUGCUUAACGCAGGGACACUCGAAGACUAUCUCACCACCGUCGUCAAAUGGAUGAGGAAGCACCCAUACGAUGUUGUCAGUUUUAUCAUCGGGAACUACGACCAAGUCGACCCGGGAAAUUUCACGGGGCCUAUCGAAAGGUCCGGGCUGAUGGAUUUGGUGUUUACUCCGCCCAUGGUGCCUAUGGGUCUAGACGACUGGCCGCCAUUGGGUAACAUCAUCCUUGGAGGCAAGCGGGCUCUAAUUUUCUUGGACUAUCAGGCCGACCAAAAUCGCUUCCCGUGGAUGAUGGAUCAGUUUUCACAGAUCUGGGAGACCCCCUUUUCUCCUACGGAUCGACAGUUCCCCUGCAAUGUCCAGCGUCCGCCCGGGUUGGCUCCACCAGACGCUCGCAAGCGGAUGUACAUGGCCAACCAUAACCUCAACCUUGAGUUUAACAUUGCGACCCUUAACAUACUUAUCCCCAACACGGCCUUGCUGAACGAGACAAACGCCGUCGAAGGCUUUGGUAGUCUUGGAAGGAUGGCCGAAAACUGCAGUACCAUGUGGGAUCGCCCUCCCAACUAUCUGUUGGUUGAUUACUACAAUGUAGGCAAUUUCAACGGGUCCGUCUUCCAAGUUGCGGCCACCAUGAACAAUGUCUCAUACGACCGAAGCUCGUGUUGUGGCACCCUCUCUGCGGGCUCCAGCGUGGUACCUGGAGCGAUGAUGAGUGUUGUUGUUAUGUUUGUCGGAGCCCAGCUUCUCGGCUCGGUAUUUUAA